AUGUUGGAGUAUGGGGGAAGCAAUGUGACUCAUCAGGCUGCUCUGCAAAGACUUCUAGCUCAUGCCUCAGAUUUUAGCAGCUCUGUUGGAGGAAGCUAUUUAGAACUUGCCGACAGUCUUCAUUUAGCAGCCCUGGCAUCACUAAAGGGAGACAUAGUGGAGCUUAAUAAACGUCUACAACAAACAGAAAGGGAGCGUGACCUGUUGGAAAAGAAAUUGGCAAAAGCCCAGAGUGAACAAUCCCACCUAAUGAGAGAGCAUGAAGAUGUGCAGGAGAGAACAACACUACGCUAUGAGGAACAAAUCACAGAGCUGCACAGUAUCAUUGCUGAAUUAAAUAAGAAAAUUAAUCGGCUACAGGGAACAAUAAUAAGGGAGGAAGAUGAGUAUUCAGAGCUGCGGUCAGAGCUCAGCCAAAGCCAGCAGGAGGUUAAUGAAGACUCACGCAGCAUGGACCAGAAUUCUGUUUCAGUACCAGAGAAUCAGUCCAUUGUGGUCACUGCAGACAUGGAUAACUGUAGUGACUUGAAUUCUGAACUACAAAGAGUGCUGACAGGCCUGGAAAAUGUUGUCUGUGGGAGGAAGAAAAGCAGCUGCAGUUUGUCAGUAGCAGAGGUGGACAGACAUAUUGAGCAACUCACUACUGCCAGCGAACAUUGUGAUUUAGCCAUUAAGACUGUGGAAGAGAUUGAGGGCGUAUUGGGACAUGACCUUUAUCCAAAUCUAUCUGAAGAGAGAUCUCGAUGGGAAAAGGAGCUAGCUGGCUUACGGGAGGAGAAUGAGAGCCUCACAGCCAUGCUGUGUAGCAAGGAGGAGGAGCUGAACAGGACCAAGGCCACGAUGAAUGCUAUUCGUGAAGAAAGAGACAGACUGCGUAGAAGGGUUCGGGAACUGCAAACACGUUUGCAAAGUGUGCAGGCAACAGGCUCUUCCAGCCCAAGUCGUCUCACUUCUGCCAAUCGACCCAUUAACCCCAGCACGGGAGAGCUGAGCACGAGCAGCAGCAGCAAUGACAUUCCCAUAGCUAAGAUUGCUGAAAGAGUGAAGUUGUCAAAGACAAGAUCAGAGUCUUCAUCAUCUGAUAGACCUGUCUUAGGAUCAGAAAUCAGCAGCAUAGGGGUGUCUAGUACUGUGGCUGAACAUUUGGCACAUUCCCUCCAAGACUGCUCAAACAUCCAGGAAAUCUUCCAGACUCUUUACUCACAUGGAUCUGCUAUCUCAGAAAGUAAAAUCCGAGAGUUUGAAGUGGAGACAGAGAGACUAAACAGCCGUAUUGAGCACUUGAAAUCCCAGAAUGACUUGUUGACAAUAACACUGGAAGAGUGCAAGAGCAAUGCCGAGAGGAUGAGCAUGCUUGUUGGGAAGUACGAGUCGAACGCCACAGCCCUCAGGCUUGCAUUGCAGUACAGUGAACAGUGUAUAGAAGCAUAUGAGCUCCUGCUGGCAUUGGCAGAAAGUGAGCAGAGUCUUAUCCUUGGGCAGUUCAGAGCUGCAGGUGUUGGCUCUGUUGGGGACCAGACAGGUGAUGAAAAUGUCACCCAGAUGCUGAAGAGAGCCCAUGACUGCAGAAAGACAGCUGAGAAUGCAGCAAAAGCCUUGCUGAUGAAACUAGAUGGGAGCUGCGGGGGAGCCUAUGCAAUCACUGGCUGUAGUGUGCAGCCCUGGGAAAGCCUGUCAUCCAACAGCCACACAAGUACUACCAGCUCAACUGCAAGCAGUUGUGAUACAGAAUUUACAAAGGAGGAUGAGCAGCGGCUGAAGGAUUACAUCCAGCAGUUGAAAAAUGACAGGGCAGCAGUGAAACUGACAAUGCUGGAGCUGGAAAGCAUCCAUAUUGAUCCCCUUAGUUAUGAUGUUAAACCUCGUGGAGACAGCCAGAGGCUGGACCUGGAAAAUGCGGUCUUGAUGCAGGAACUUAUGGCAAUGAAGGAGGAGAUGGCAGAGCUCAAGGCACAGCUUUACCUGCUAGAGAAGGAGAAGAAGGCAUUGGAAUUGAAGCUGAGCUCUCGAGAGGCCCAGGAACAGGCUUACCUUGUCCAUAUUGAGCACUUGAAGUCUGAAGUGGAAGAGCAAAAAGAACAGAGAAUGAGGUCACUCAGCUCAACAAGCAGUGGAAGCAAAGACAAACUGGGCAAGGAAUGUAGUGAUGGCGCUGCAACACCAUUAACACUGGCUGAACUGAGGCCCUACAACGAGAGCGAGCUGGCUGCUGAGCUGACAAAUGCACUCAGAAGGGAGAAGAAACUAAAAGCUAGAGUGCAAGAAUUAGUGAGUGCUUUGGAGAGACUUACGAAGAGUAGUGAAAUCAGACAUCAGCAGUCUGCAGAAUUUGUUAAUGACCUCAAAAGGGCAAACAGCAAUUUGGUAGCAGCUUAUGAAAAAGCAAAGAAAAAGCAUCAAAAUAAGCUGAAGAAACUGGAAUCACAAAUGAUGGCCAUGGUGGAGAGACAUGAUACACAAGUAAGAAUGCUCAAACAAAGAAUAGCUUUACUAGAAGAAGAGAACUCUAGACCACACACCAAUGAAACUUCACUUUAA